UGCAUUGUUAUUAAUGGCUUGCAAUAUCGGUGUCGCUACUAGUUGAUUCACUACUAUAGAAUUUUUCUAAUUUGCGUAUACUAUUGUCUGACGGUAACGUACCGUAUUUACUCAUUGUUAGGUAAACUGCAUGCAGUUAAGGCUCCGCAAAUGAAUAUAAUGCAAACAAACGGAGAUUUACAAACAGUGUUACAAUUCGUCACAUGAUCAUUUUACUUGCAUAUAUUACUUGCAUGUAACACACAGCAAUGAAUAUUGCUUGGAAAAUUGUUAUUUUGGUAUGUUUUUGCGGAGGAAUUGAGAUAGAAGGGGCUGUAUGUAAGGGUGGCGAUACGGAUCAGUGUACCUGUGAUCUUGCAGAUGGAAGUGGAGCAAUUGAUAUUUCAUUUGGAAAUCAAGAUAACACCGCUUUAUACCAUGGCGUAACCGGACAAGAUUUCACAUAUGAUUACAAUCCGUGCUAUCCUUUCGAUAAUGACACCCUAACAGGACUUGCGAUGCUUCAGUACGACGAUGGAGGAGAUUAUUAUGAUGUAGGACAGCAAAAGGGGGCAACGUGGAAAAAGGACGACAGUGGAUCCUUGGUGAUAGUGUAUACCUCUGCGGAUGGUUAUGACACAUCGACUGUUAAACUGAUUUGUGACAAAGGUACCAGCACUAAUCAGCUCACAGCACAAGGACCAGAUGCAACGUUUUACAACUAUAACUUCCAAUUUUCUGGGCCUGCAUUGUGCCCUGUUCGUAACGGGGGAGGUGGUUUGAGUGGAGGAUCAAUUUUUCUAAUUAUAGUUUUUGUUGUAUUAUUCAUGUACCUCGUAUGUGGAAUUAUUUAUAAGAAAACAAGAACAGAUGCAACAGGAUCUGACUUGAUUCCAAACAAGGACUUUCGGUCCUCUAUACCUGGAUUAAUAAAGGAUGGCGUGAUGUUUCUUGUGUACAAGUGCAAAGGUACCGAAAAACCUGACUACGACAAUAUAUGAAGCGUGUGAUAAUUGCCGAGACUUUUGUGAUGAGUACAAAAGAUAAACCAAUACGAUAUUUCCAAUGAAUUUUAUAUAGAAUUUUGUUUGCGCGGAGAUAUUGAUUUGAUCCGCUCUUUUAUCUGAUUGAUUGAAGCAGAUAUAUGCCAUAGUCCGUUGCCGAUCGUUCAUUUCACUACCAAUAAAUCUAUAUUAUUCAGCGAUACGGAAUAUUCUUUAUGUUCAUUUUAAUUAAAGAUAGUAUGUAAAAUAGUUUUUUUUUAAAAUGCUUAUGCAUAGUACGUUGAUUAGUUGUGUCUACGCAUUUUAUACGACUCGAUAUCAUUUUAUCAAACGUUCAAAGUAUACUAAGUGAUUCAAGAGUCUUGCUGCACACAAACACACGUAUAUUUCUGUAACUUAACGUUUCCUCUUCAUCUUUAUAUAUUAACUGU